UAGAAACAAUCCCUAAAUCGUAUUCACACCCACCCACUUCAGAUGGUUGCAUCCAUUCUUCCAGGAACCGUAGAAUUCAUAAGAAAAUUUGAAUAUCCUCUACUAAAUCUUGGUCUUUCCCCCUCAUUUUUUCAUACAAGACACCAACAACUCACCUGAGUUCUGCCAGCUUAAAGAAAUCGAACCAUCCACCUACGGAGCUCGAAGAGACAUCCGUACAGCAUCAUCAGCUUCUCCCGAUUACCGACGUCGCCGCCGCUAUUUUAUCUUGGAAGAGACGCCAUCAGAUUAAUUUAAACACACACACACACACAGUUAUUUUCUCAAAGCUGGAGAAAAACUAGCUCUGGUCAAGCCAAUAGACAUGGUCAUUUUUCGGCCCGAAAGGACAAAGAUUGAAGCCCUCCUAAACAGUCCGGUAAAUUUCCAGGCACGGAAAAUCUCCAAGGCAUUUAUAAUUUCUUAGCAUCUAUGAUUUUGGAGUUCAGAUUCUUCUAAAUACUUCUAAUUUGUCUCAUGCUUAUUAUUUUAGGUUGAUUCAUGGUGUUGAUCCAUCGAAUCAAAAUGCACUGAAUGGUCGCCGCUGAGUGAUUUGAACUAAUUUAUGUGCAAUUAUUGUGCGUAUAAUCGCUUUAAUCGCCGCUAGUAUUUGGAUUUAAAUUUGCUGCCUUUGAGUUAUACCUUGCCUGUAGAACUGUUGAAGUUAAUUGUCUUUGAACCAUCUUUUGAAGCUUUGCUAUUGUUGUUCCUCUCGGGAAGGAUAGAUUUUACUGGUCAUUAGAAAUUGAGCGGCUAAUUAGAUGUUGUGGUUAAGCUGAUGGACCAUCUGUGAAACUUUUAGUUGAAUAAUAAUUGUAAAAUUAAAUAAUAAAUAAAAUUCCAUUUUGCCUUUUUUUUUUUUUCUAAUUAUUUAUUUUUUAGUGUGCUAUAUGAAAUAGAAACAUUUCCUGGUUCAGAGUGGGGAAUUUGUUUUGGUUUGAUGAGAUAAGGCAAGCAAUUGCUUUGUAUAAUUGCUCUUUGUAGAUUUUCCAUGGACAACAUAGUAGAUUCCUUGAGUAGCGCGUAUCAGGAGUUUAUUGCAGCAGCAGCUGGUGUUUUAGAGGCAAAAGAAAGUUCUGGUGGCCAAAAAACUCCAGCUACUGAUGCUGCACUCGAAAACUUUAAGCAGCGGUGGGAAUUGUUCAGAGUUGCUUGUGAUCAAGCAGAAGAGUUUGUGGAAUCUGUGAAGCAAAGAAUAGGAUCUGAGUGUCUUGUGGAUGAGGCCACUGGUUCGGUUGCUGCUAAACCAGGGCAGCCUGUUCCAAGUGGUCUUCCACCUAUUAGUGCUGUUCGCUUAGAGCAAAUGAGUAAAGCUGUUCGAUGGUUAGUGAUUGAAUUGCAACAGGGAUCGGGGGCUGGAGGCAGUGCUUCACACGCCAGCACUAAUGCUCCUUUUGAUGCUAGAUUUACUGAAGAUGCUGCUCAAUAGGGACUGGAGCUUCCAUCUCAUUGUCGUGUUGCUAGGCAAUUGAAAGUCGUUUGUGUUAAUCUUCAGAUUGUAAAGUCCAGGGAAUUUCAAUUUUCACUUCAGUCGAUGUCUGUCAUAGAUGAUAAUAUGAUCAAGAAUGGAGUUCACGCUCGUCUGUGGUAGUUUAGAGCAAUACACUACAUCUCCGAAUACUCAAAACUUUGACGAUGUUAUUUUCUUUGCUGUGUAGGUUGAGACGCUACAGAAACAAUGAGCAUCUGCAUGCUAAACUAAGUAGGCUCGACAUAUAUCAUCAUCUUGUUUGGAGGCUCAUAUGAAGUUCAUCAAAAGCAAAAUUGUAUUUUGAUGUCCAGACUCUUCAUGGAAACAGACAGCCGACUUUCGGGCCUUCAUAGCAUGUACAAAGAAUAUCGACAUAAUUUCAAUGAGUAAAAUUUAUUUUGGUACUCAA